CAGUAACCGGGGAUAACGUUGUUGGGUUCGAUUGUCUGCAUCGCCUGUCAACAGCCAGGGUGUGAUGUAUUUAGCCCAUAUACUCGGAGCUUCGUGUGCAUUUCUGGUCGCACUGCUGUUGAGGAUGCUAUAUGUCAUCCUUUGGCUGAACGGACGCAUACCGAAAGUGAAAUCGCGACGGCAUCCGGUCCGAACAAUGAUAGUAUUAGGGUCCGGUGGUCACACCACAGAGAUUCUACGUAUCAUAACUACUAUGAAAUUGGAACGUUAUUCUCCAAGAAUCUAUGUUCGGGCUAGUACAGACACCAUCAGCGAAGCAAAAGUCAGGACUUUGGAGGGAACUGCAACCGAUUAUCAAGUAUUUGACAUCCGCCGUAGCCGAGAGGUUCGUCAGUCUUACUCGGCUUCUGUUAUCACGACGUUACUUGCUACCUUCGACUCUAUCCCCCUUGUAUGGACUCAGAAUCCUGAUUUAAUUUUAUGCAACGGUCCAGGAACCUGUGUACCGUUGUGCAUUGUUAUCUUUUUUUUUAAGUUGAUGUUUCUCACAAAUGCACGAAUAAUAUUCAUCGAGAGUUUCUGUCGAGUCAAGACACUGUCUUUAAGUGGAAAGAUGUUGUACUAUCUAGCAGACUUUGUCAUAGUGAGAUGGAAGUAUUUGAACACCUACUUGUAUCGCCGGACCGUGUACCUAUAAUUAAAUGAAACUGUUGUAUUUUACAACUGUA